AUGUUCAAUUGCAUGAGGAUAGAGAGAGUCUGGCGGGGUGGUAAACAAGCAAACAAGGAGUCGGAUAGUCGGCCAUCACCAACGCUUCAACCCUAUCUUAUAUCUGCCAAAAAUGAGAUUGAUUCUGGAGUACUUGGUCAGAUAAUUGGUGUGCAAGGUAUAUGGGCGUUGAAAAAGUCCUCGUCAUAUUUUGACGGCAUUGGAGAAUGGAGAAGAAAUGGUGAGAGCGGUGGCGUGGUGCUCAUUAAUUUGAUACAUGAACUUGAUCUGUUACAAUACUUACUAGGCAAGAUUACUAUGGUGUCUGCUAUUGGGAGUAAGAAGACUAGAGGCUUUGAUGCUGAAGAAGGUGGGGCGAUGAUAUUGCGAUUUGAGAGUGGAGUAGUAGGAACAUUCCUGCUAAGCGAUACUGUUCCUUCUCCAUGGAAUUUCGAAGCUUGUACUGGGGAAAAUCCUACAGUCCCUCAGGUAGGUAAGGAGAAUGGUGCUGGUGGGUUCUAUCGAAUAUUGGGGACAAGAGGAGGUAUAAGUGUGCCUGAUUUGACAAGGUGGAGUUAUGAAGUUGGAGAAGGGGAGAAGGCGUGGAACGAUGAGUUGAAGAAAGAAGAAAUUCAGGUUAACACGGAGAUUGAACCUUUUGAUGAGCAGAUCAAACACUUGGUCCAGGUAGUAAAGGAAGGUAAGAAACCAGUAUGUAGUGGGGAAGAGGGUUUGAGUGCGAUGGUAGUGUGUGAGGCAGUGAGAGUGGCAAUGAAGAGUGGGGAGAUGGUUGAGAUUGAGGGUCUUAAUAUCGUGAAGAGAAGUAGCAAGCAUAAUUAA